UCAGAUUUAUAGCUGAUUGUUCACAUGUGUCCAGGGGGAGAUGAUGUACAUUGGAUCCUGCAUAGUUCGGCUUUGUAUGGCAGUCUUCCUCCUCCUUCCUGUUUCUACUUCUGUGGCUGUCAGUGACCAGACAGGUGCUGUGUGUCCUUUAAUGAAAACAGUUGUCCAUCAUCUCAAAAAAAUCAACAGAGACAGUCUUGGUGUUUCAGGGUUUGAUCUGGCAGAAAGCUUUUCUUUGAGGCAAACAUCUUGUGGAGGGGAAAAAAUCUGUUUUAAACUGGGAAGCGCACCUCUCGUCAGAGAGACAAAGCAAGUAUUUCCAAAUGGGCUUCCUGAAGAAUACUCUCUAGUUGCUACGUUCCGUGUACGGCGAAAUACCAAGAAAGAGCGUUGGUAUAUAUGGCAAGUUUUAAAUCAGUAUGACACACCUGAGAUCUCUGUCCUUCUGGAUGGUUCAAAAAAGGUUGUGGAGUAUAUGACCAAAUCUGCGCAGGGAAAUAUACUGCACUACACUUUUAAGAGUCGAGAAAUUUAUUCAUUGUUUGAUCGGCAGUGGCAUAAGCUUGGUAUUAGUGUGCAGUUGGGGAUCAUUUCCCUCUAUUUGGAUUGUAAUUUAAUUGAGAGAAAGCAGACUGAUGAAAAAUUCACCAUUGACUUGCAGGGAAGGACUCUGAUUGCUUCUCGUGCUGCAGAUGAUAAGCCUGUAGAUAUUGAACUUCACCGCAUAACAGUUUAUUGUAAUCCAAAACUUGCAACGGAAGAUAGGUGUUGUGAAAUAUCUGCAGACCUGUGCCCACGUGAGGAGAGAUUACUUGCUACAACUUCAUCACCAGUGACUGUUCAUGCCAGCAAAAUAUACACGCUUCCAGGAAUGCAGCAAGAAUCUAGAGAGAGAUGCCACUGCUUUCCAAAUAAAGGAGAAGCAGGAUUGCCAGGAGUAGCUGGUUUGCCAGGCCAGAAAGGAGUUAAAGGUGAAAAGGGUGAAAUGGGCGCAAAAGGACAGGAUGGCGUUGUUGGUACUCCUGGCGAAAAGGGGGAAGUUGGCUUAGUAGGUGCUCCUGGCAUGCCUGGUCUUACUGGUUCCAAGGGUGAACGUGGCUUUGCGGGUAGUAAAGGUGAAGAAGGUGAAAAGGGUGAAAAAGGAGAUAAAGGAGAAGGAGGACCAGAAGGCAUUCCUGGAAGAGAGGGACUAAAAGGUGACCCUGGUAGUCCUGGUGUGGCUGGUCCUAAAGGAGAAAAGGGAGAUGCAGGACCUCCGGGACCAGCUGCCUUGAGCGCCAUUUCACCUACUUGCCACCAGUCCAGCUUGAUAUUUGCUGUUGAUCACACACACAGUCGCAUGCUUGGGCUCACUCCAUUUGUUGGUACCACAAAGACAUAG